UCAGCGCUUAGUUGAACAAGGCAAUUCCACUCAAUCUUGAUACAAUUUGUUGGCGUUAUAAUUGCGUUAAUCAUGCCUAAAUUGUAUCUUCCAUUGUUGUGACCCGACGUUGACUUUCAACCAAAUGAACUGAUCCCCUUUAUUUUGACUUUCCCAAGUACCUGCUUGCUAGUUUCUUGUUGCAAGAACUUGGUGAAAGGCUUUCAAAUUCUUUGGUGAAGCGAGGUAGUAGGAGCAGCCAAAAGAGAGGCUCAAAAUCUCCCUCCCCAAAGGUGAAGGAAAAUUGACACGGAGGCAAUAAUUCACGCUUUCCAUUCCAUCCCCGCCUGAAGGCAAGAAAUAUGGGUCUGGUCAACUCAUGCUUCAAAGGUGAUGACCAAGCUGGUCUGGGAGAUAAGGAUGGAUCCCCGGGAGAAACUGGUGCAGUGAAGCAAUACUCGUGGGACCAAACUCGGGCACAAAAGGACAUUUCAAAGUACAUUAUCGAAAACAUUCACCAAGGAGAAGUAGGGCGAAUGCCUGGCGAUGUGAAUGGUGAGCAGAUUGUUAUUCGAAACUGUGAAAACGCCAACAUAUACAUUUUUGACCACACCAACACUGUCAGCAUUGACGACUGCAGAAAGUGCGAAAUCUUUAUUGGUCCAACCAAGAGUUCAUUGUUUAUCCGGGAUUGUUCGGAUUGCACUUUAGUGGCCAGUUGUGGACAAUUUCGAACACGUGACUGUCAUGGUUUGACCGCAUUUCUUUGCUGUCCCACUCAACCCAUCAUCGAAGCAACCACCAAAGCCAAAUUUGGUUGCUUCCAAGUCAAUUACCCUGAGUUGGCAGAUCAAUUCCAGCAGGCUGGCUUGUCUCGUUUCAACAACAUGUGGUGGAACAUCCACGACUUCACACCCAUCCACGAAUCCAAAAAUUGGAAACUCUUAGGAGAAUGUUACAAAGUGAAGGAGUUUCUUACUCAACCCGCGUCGAAGCCAUUAAAUGGAGUGACCUUGGACUUCGAGAGCAGUCCUGUGCCUUACACAAUUGGAUCACGUUCCAGGGAUCAUGAUGAGACGAGUCUGGUCUUGAUCUUUGCUGAUAACCUUCAGGACCAGAGGGCUGCGAAGGUCCUCGCUGAAAUGGAUCGCCAUACCGAGAUUGAAUUGGUCAAAACCAGAUUCCUGCAACUUCAGGAUACGGACGCCGAACGAAUUUUCAGCUCAAAGAACUACAAAAUCAGUUGCCAAUUGGGCCCAGUCAUCGCCCUUCAGUUUGCGGGGCCAGAUUGCAUUCGCUUUUGUGGAAAAGUGGUUGACUCGGUGACCAUUUCGACCUUGGGUCAAGGGAAGAUCCUCACCUCGACGGACUCCUCAACAGCCAGCUCACAAAUCAACGGCCUAUUCAACUUCAUUGAUAUGCAAAUGGGUCUUUAAUCGUCUUUCUGCCCCAUUUAUGCACUUUUGCCGAGAGUGACACAAAUACUCGUGUAAUUAUUUACCCACUUUGUCUUUGGGCAAGACCAGGAAAUAUGAUUUAAUUUUGACCCGUCUUCGAAGAACUGGUUUAUCGCUAGCUUUGUGCAUUGGAGGCAAGCACCAGAUUGCAGAUUGCAGAUUCUACGAAGCCCACAUACUUUCUUCAAAUCUUUUUCACUGGCCAAAGCAUUGCCUCUUUCAAGUUUUCAAGUAGAAAUUUUCUACCUGGAGUGGAAUGGUGUUCUAAAAGUCGCACAGAUCCUUCAGUUCUUUGGAAUUAUUGAACUUGUUCUCUUCAGUUGAAAGGAAUUGAGAUCAUAAAAAUAAAAUGAAAAUGCUUUCAACAUCGAACACGCUCGUGGGGAACAGUUUCAUUUUUGAGUUAAAAAAAAAUAGUAUCAGAGAGUAGAUUUUAUGGGACGAAGUUUCGCAUUUUAGCAUACUGUUGGAACUGAUGUUUUGUACCGCGAAGAACUUCAAUCAGCCUUAACUGAAAGUGAGAUGAGACUCUUUUAUAUUUCCUGAAUAACAGCAAAACCAGAAUAAAUGAAAUUUACUGUAAAAAAGUAGCAAUCAACGCAUUCUAACAACAUCGAACUCCACAUCGGAUCUACCUGUAGUUUGACGAAGUAUAUUUCUUUCAUUUAAAAGUGCAUCAUGAACCAAAACAGAAACCCAAAAAUGGUUUUGAGCCUUAAAACAUCUCAGUUAGAAGGUACUGAUUGAACAGUCUAUUUAAAUCUAAAUUCGCUGAUUGAUGCGGUGAACAAAAUUGCAGAGUUUCCUUUAGUUGUUGAAAAGGUCUUUUCUUGGACUCCGAAGUUCAAUCAAUUUCCGAGACUUGCUUGCUUGCUUCAAUAUCUCUUUUUGGACUCGGUCCUGGCUAAAAUGGAAUGCUGAAUUUGCUCUUGUCCCUCUUUCUCUUCUUUGGCAGCUUCUUGCCUUAUCUUUUGUUCGCUUCUGUGGCCAUAUGUUACAAAAGUUGGAACUUAAAAUCCUCGAGGCUCUUUUGAAAAAAGAAAUCCAACGAAGAGAGCCCUGAGAUUGGCAUCCCUUUGAAAUAAAGUUACCCUCAUUUCCCACUAGCAAUCCCAAUAAUUGGAGUGAGGCCUCGACUGGCAAAAAGUUGUACAGUGUAAUCUGGCCUGGCAAUGCCUAAAUUUGUACCGUUUCAAAUCACUUUCCACCAAUGCAUUGGGUGAUUAUAUCGCCUUCUAAUAACUCCCACCACAAGAGGGCGUCAUAAGAAGGAUAGCCCACUUUAGACAAACUAUUUUCAAAAUUGAAGAGGUAUAUGGACACAAAUUUGAACUUGGAAAGAUCUGCGAAACGUCCCCAUGUCAACUUUCAGACCUGUAUUGUAAUUGUAAUUGCAUUUACAUUUCUAUGUAAUAGUAAUUUAUAACGUGGUAAAGCAGAACAAUUGUUGUUAUGAUUAAUCAAGGGCAUGUAAUUGACAUAUUCAUU